CCUAAUUCCGCCAGUCUGUUUUAGACGGGCCGCGAAAUUCUUAAAAAUUUAUCUACCUUCGUCCGGAUAUUUAUCAUGUUUUCAGAUGGAAAUGCACACAGUGGGCACCUAGAACACUGACCCAUGGUUGUAUGCUAUAAGAUUAGAGUCCAGUUCAUUGGCAUGUCAGUGUCAAUCUUCCCCAAACCAAAACAUUACUGACAGGUGUCAAUCAUUCCGUGACCUAUCUUCACCCUGUUGAUUGACUGUCCAGCGUCCUGCUGUUACUUGGAGCGGCAGAUGUCUUUGUAAAAACACUACAACACGGUGAUAACAUGACAGCAGGUAUGGUGGGUAUGCAGGACAGCUACACUGGGAUUCUCCAUAGAAAUUUUACUGUAUAGCCCACCAUUCCUAUACCUGGAUACUGAUAAAAACAAAACUUGGAUGACAUGUGGUCAAGAAAUGUCUCUGAUGGUCAGUGAUCUGUGUUCAAGUGAUCUGUUGACCCUGCAUAUUGCAUAGCAACCAAGAUCUGAAUAGAACUGAGGAAGAUCACGGACUCCCCAAGACUGGAAGUAUUGAUUGUGAUGCCUUAUCUGAGGAUUCUUGAUAGACACUAAUCUAUAAAGCUGCUGAUAUGACAAACAACAACAAUAACUGUGCUCACUAAGCCAGAGAUUUAUGAUAAAACCUGCCCAGGAUCUUGGCAUAUUGAACGUCUUUUGCCAACUGGUGUUUAAGCAGUAUUUUCAAAGACAUUGUGGUAAGGAGAAAUCCUAUAUCAACUAGGUGAAAUAACUGUCUGUCAGCCUCCGACUUUUUUCAAAAAUGUUCUUAUGUCAGGAAAAUGGAUAAAAUUUUCAAGAAACAGUGCUAGCCAGUGAGAGGAAGAUUGCAGUAUUGAUAUUUAUGUGAUUAGUAGAUAGGAUUGAGUUUCUACUGAAGUCUUCCACAGGUUAACUGUCACUAUGGCGAGGGCAAGUGAGAGACACUUCCUACAUUGUCUGAAAAAACAUAUUCCACAGAGAACUGCAGAUGACUUGGACAUAAUAUAUGCGUACCUGCGAGGGCUAGAGGCACUGAGCUCACUGAGAGAACCAGCACUACGGGCCAUCUGCAAGAAUGUGCGAUACGAGUUCCACGACGCAAAUGAUAUAUUAUACUGCCGUGGUGAGAUCAGCUCCUGCUGGUAUAUCCUGCUUACUGGGAGUGUGUUCAUAGACGGAUCCAUGUUCCUGCCAAGAAGCAGUUUUGGCAAGCGGACGGCAGGAUGUGCCCGUCGUCCCAACGAGUGCCUCAUUCUGGAGCCGUCGGAAAUGAUUGUGGUAAGUUUAUAAGUGUGGAUUGUAUAU